GCGUGUGUACAUGUAUAUGUGCAAAGGCUCGUUCUUUUUUUGGCCGACCGCCUCGCGACAUUUUCAUCUGAUUUGUGUGCGUGGCACUUGAAAGCAGUUACUUGUUGCUUAGCGAUCUUAUGCUCUUUUUGGGGAUCGCCAUUGGCCCAGAGCGGUCACGCGAGGAAGUGGUGCUGGCUGGAAACUGCUUCCUGUGUGUGUUCUUUUUUAAGUUUUGCAUAGUUGCAUCGGUGGUUGUGCCGUUGUGCGUGGUUUCAUGAGGUAGCAGCGGGGCAAGUGAGACGAGUGAGAGAGCAAUCCGGGAGAGGGUGUGCGCGCGCGAGCAGCCGCCAAGCGGUGGUCGGUGUGGCGGUCUUGGUGCCGUGCGUAGGAUCCCCGUACUCCUUAGCACGAUGGACGUCCGGUAGUCCCGAUGUGUGCAAGUAGUGGCCGGAGAUUUCGUUUUUGUUAUUCUUUGUCACCACCGAUACCACCCACCAACCCAAGAAGAAGCGUUGCAGAAUAGCAGCGCAGCGACCUGCAACAGGCCUCCGCCGGUGCGAGCGAUUACUCGGUCGACGACUGCUGAGCUGCUACCAUGUCAAACCGGGAAGCAGCAACACCAGCCAUGAGUGACACCGAUGAAUUAGCUGUCCAAGAAUUCUACGAAGGAAAAAGUGUGCUCAUCACGGGGGUGACAGGCUUCCUUGGUAAGAUCCUCCUUGAGAAGCUGCUGCGUUCCUGCCCAGGGAUUAAGCAAAUAUUUCUCUUGAUACGGCCAAGAAAAGGAUGCAAAUCGAAAGAACGACUGUCUUCACUGCUCAGAGCUGAGUGUUUUGAGCAUGUUCAUCGUGAACAUGCUGAGGCACUGGAAAAGCUGGUGGCUGUCGAUGGAGACCUGACAGAGCCUGGGCUAGGUCUGCAGCCUGCCGACUAUGAGCUUCUCACGCGGGAGGUGUCAGUGGUCUUCCAUUCAGCAGCAACCAUCAAGUUCAACGAAACGCUUAGGCAAGCUGUAGAAAUGAAUAUGGAAGGAACUAGGAAAGUGCUCAAGCUUUGCCAUGAAAUGAAGAAGCUCCAGGCUGUAGUACAUGUUUCCACUGCAUAUUGCAAUUGUGACUGCAAGAAGCUAGAUGAACGAAUAUAUCCAUCGCACAUACACCCUCAAGAUAUUAUCUCCUGUACAAAGUGGAUGGAAGAGGGCAUGCUGGCUGCACUGACCCCUCAGCUGCUACGUUCAAAGCCCAACACCUAUGUUCUGGCCAAAUUCUUGAGCGAGUCCCUGGUUGCCGAAGAAGGUGGUGACUUACCUGUAGCCAUUGUGCGACCGUCCAUUGUGGCUGCAUCAUGGAAGGAGCCAUUUCCUGGCUGGGUUGAUGCAUUAAAUGGAUCUACAAGUCUGCUGGCCUCUUGUGCAUCUGGUGUGAUGACAACCAUAGUGACCGACGUCAAAGGCAUUGCUGACAUUGUGCCCGUGGACAUUGUGGCCAACCUGUUAAUUGUGGUUGCUUGCCAAACUGCAGCUAAACGGGCACGCCAGAGAGAGUUGGAAGCAGCUAAGGAGAAGCACUGGGAAACCAUCGAGGCUCAACCACCGGCCGUGUACAACUGUGUGACAGGCUCACUGAACAAGCUGGUUGUGGGGGAUGUGAAACGCUACCUGGCCAAGUUCCUGCCUCAGUAUCCAUUCCAAGACACCUUGAGUUGCCCCCUGUGUGGAUAUGACAUCCAGCCGUCUCUACCAAUCGGUCAUGGUGUUCUUCCGAAAUUACCUGCCGGCUCUCGCCGUGGACCUACUGAGCCGUUGCACAGGCCGGAGACCACGAUACAGCGUAUAUUCUAUCGAGCACACAAGAUGGUCAGUCAGCUCAAAGUGGUGCUUCGAUGGCUUCUUUUAUUUUGCAUCAGAAUGGUGCGGUUCCUGGAGCAGUCCAAGAGUGCCAUGGAAGCCGUGAGGUUCUUUACCACACAGACAUGGGAGUUCUCGUCCAACAACAUGCUGCUGCUUCACAGUAGGCUAUCACCCUUCGACAGGCAGACGUUUGACAUAGACAUUCGGAAGAUCAACUGGGAGAGCUAUUGGGAAAACUACCUUCUCGGUGUGAGACGCUACUUGUUCAAACAGGACCCUUCGACCAUCCCAGAGUCUCGAAAACGACUGAAACGGCAACAUGCGGUGCAUGUAGCCCUAAAGACGAUCCUGCUGCUUGGUUUCCUGAGGGUGUUGCUGGGCCGGUCAAAAGUCGUGCGGCAGCUGUUGCAGCUGGUGAUGGGGCUGCUGACACAGCUGCUUUCCAUCGUCCGCUUCAGCUCUUCCUAAGCACCACAUUUGGGGAAGUGCCCGUGUUUUUUCUUUGCAAUAUUUGCUCUCGGAAAGCCAUUGCUCUGUUCCAAACUGCCUUGACCUGGUACCAUAUUCUUUUAUAGUGACUGCUAGUAAGCACUUUCUUUUUCAUCUUUUUUGUCAGCCCUUCUUUGCCACAGAAUACUGACAGGCAUUUGUCUAUGUUCACAGUGUGGGUCUUUCACUUUGGCUACCUCUCUAUUUUACAAGUCUCGCUUUUUUCAAUACUGUCUCCCAUUAUUUAAUUUCGAGCUCACCAAAACAAAAAGGGUAUUUACAGUAGAACCUCGUUGAUAUGUUCCCGCUUAGUACGAUUUCCGGGCUUCUACGCUCGAAAUCACGAAAAUUAAAAAUAACCCAAUACAGCUGUGUGUAAUACGUCCCGGUUAAUACGUUCCCGGAAAAUACGAUUAUUCUGGCGUUAUCUUUUAAAGUCCGUUCCGCCGUGCGAGAUGGUGCGAUUACAAGUGGCGGCGAACAUACCAGUGCAUGUCUCAAUUAAGACAGAACGCAAACUGAUGAGCGUGAGUGUGCGACGUAGUAAGCGAUAUCCGCUAACAGCUGUCGCCUUCAGGGACGCUUAUCACUUUCGCGAGAUUUCACAUAUCGUGUUGUACCGCGAUUGUUACGUGCACUGCGAAGAGUUGAGCUUGUUAAGCCUUUAGCGGGGCGGCAGUUUUCUUCACAGACGGGGUGAGUUGCGCGUGAUCUUGCGAACGUACAUGAUCGUAUCUCAAAUGCGUAUGCUCGAGAACAUCACUUCCGCUCUUCGGCAAACCUAGCCCCAUAUUUCCAAGCGGCAAUGCAGAAAGAACCGACGCCCAUGCGGCGCAAAGUUUCGUCUGCUGACACGUUUACACUGGUUGUCCCAGAGUUCGAUUUUGCAAUAUUUGGGUUGUCUCGGGAUUUCAACACACGUGACCACGACGUUAUUUCCGGUCAGGACUGGAACUAGCUGGCUGACCUCUGGCUGCCAGCAAGAUGCCAGGAGUUUGAAAAUCGAAGAGUCCUUCCAUGUUUUUUAGAAAUAAAUGCUUUUUUUGCACUUGCACCUCAAUAUGGGCUUGUCAGCCUCAAUUUUUACUCGAUUCAGAUCGUGCGUUUUCCCGGAUCGUACAUUUAUUUUCCGCGUUUUUUUUCGGAAACGUAUCAACGAGGUUCUACUCUAUAUAACGAAAAGUAGUGUUUAUGUUGGAAAGCGUCAAUCACUGUCCUCCCGGAGUAACCCAUCCUACCCUUCUCUUGACGAGUUUUAGCCAAUGUAAUUUUUGCUCCUUUGCCUGAAGCUUUUCAAGUAGAAAGCUCAAGGCCAUUUGGAACAAAGUCAAUGUUUGUGCUUUUGAACACCACAGUUAUAAUGUUCCUGUUUUUAAAUGCUGUUGGUCUAUUUUGUGAAAGUAACUUUGCAUGCCACAAAGGCACGAAAUGAAGCAAGAAACCUUUCUCCCUUCUGCUGCAUUUAUGCAAGGUAGGCGAAUGCUGUAUGUACCUUGCUAUGUUGUGGCUUUUUUUUUUUCUCUUUUUUUUUGGUAUAAGGGAGGUCUGACAUUUCAUUUCUGUUGUAGGUGGUCGGAGCUUGCUUUUCUGUGUCAUCAUGGGACACAAUAUUUAGUUUAAGUUCUCACGCGACAAUAUCAGCUGCUUAUGCACAUACCUGUGUUGAGGUGAAGGCAUUGUCGUGCAAAACCUGCAACAUUCUUUUUUUGUUAUUGCUAAGAAGAAUUUAUCUAGCAAGAUGCUCUGAAAAAUUGUGUAUUAUGAAUGUAGCUCUAUUAGUUCUCCUAACAUGCAUUCGAACUUUGUACAUUGUUUAUUUUGGGGGCCUGCCCUACUAUGCUUUCAAUAGUGAUGCCGGUCUUGAGAAAAGAUAACUUCAUUGAUUAAUGAAGCUAUUUUGGUAACAAGUCGUAUGCUCAAAGCUGCCUAGCUUUUCUAGCUACAUACAUCAUUUGCGUUUACUUGUUUACACAUUUAGGUGCUUCAUUGGUUUCAUUGGCUGCAGCCCAAUAAGGCUUUGCAUUUUGCCUUAAUAUGAGGGGAGCAUGUUGCACUAGACAAUGCAAGCACCACUUGAAGCAUUGUUUACUUGUGGCUUUAAAUUUUCUGUAGUAAUUAAGCAUAGCUUAAUACAAUUAACACAACCAGAUGAAUGCUGUGAUUAACAAAAAUCAACCCCCUUGGUUGUUCCACUUCUUGGCUAUUUGAAUGACCCCCAUUGGAUUCAAACAAGACUAAAGUUCAAUGGAAGAUGGAGGAUUGAAGGGAUGAGAAAUUGUUAUACAAGGAUUGGGAUUCGUUGAAAUCGUUCAGCGAGUUCAAAUCAUUCAAUGAUUGAGAAAUUGUUGAGCACAUUGGGACAAGUGUUUCCUGUUCAAAUAUAUUUCUCUUCCCAUUGGAUUGGUCAGGUGAAACCAAAGUAAGCCUGAUUGGACUGUAUUAGUAGCUAGAGGGUAUCAUAAAUACCUUCAGGAACUGCUUGAAAGUUGUUAUUGUCAUUAGGACAGCAGUAAAAGAAGCAUGACAAUGGGUGAUGCCAUUGCUAGAUGAAGUAAAUGGCAGGAUGACUAGGUAUUUUCUAUAAUUUGUUUUUUAUGCUCAUCUGGCUUUGGCAGACAACUAACACGAUCUAGCAAGCCUGUCUUUUUCUUUAUAGACAAAACUCAUGGUGGUGGUUCAGAUAAGUAAUGUUUUGUGAUAUAGAAUAUUCACAUUGAACACAGUUUAGUCUGAGUAUAUCAGAGGUUUAGUAAUUUAUCUGUAUAUUUGGCGGUAAGGCAGUCUUGGCACCUUGUAAUUAGUUUUGUUGUUUUACUCUGUACUUCUGUGUUUGAGCUGAGUUAAGUGUCUAAUAAUUGAGGGGUGCGCCAAUACUGUUGCACAAUUUCACUCAGUUCAGCAUCAUUCUGCUGAAUGGAUGCAGUAGCAUUUUAAUAAGGCAGUCUGAAAUAAUUUGAGUGAGUGGGUUGUCCACAUUUCCUCGCACAGCAUAGGGCAGCAAAUAAUUUUAUACUGCACUUCACGUGCAGAGUGCCUAACAUAUGGCUCCCGUUUUUGCUGAAAUUUUCUAAUCGUCACAGUCCGAAUGCCGAGUGAUAGCUCCAGCUGAUGAGGCAUGAAUAAAUUAUUACCCACUAUUUAUAAACUACAAGAAUGCUGAACUUUUUGCAGCAUGCCUUGCCCGCGCAAACUUUUUUUUUUGCUCGUGGACUCAGAAUUCUAACUUGUAUUUUAUUAUUUGAACUUCUGUUGCAUAGAAUUCCGAUUAUUCUUUAGCUCUCUGUCGUUUAAAAAAAAAAAGUCAAAAUUAAAUGCAAUACUUUUUUUUCUUUUUCGGUUUCAUAAGGUAUGAUACAGUGAUGAGAAAUACUGCGUCAGGUAUUUGACAUAUGCGUAAGGUGUCCAACUGUAGAGGGAUCAAUCACUGGGAACACAUGCCUGCCGGCUAAACUGUGAUUACAAUAAGAUGCUGUGGAUGAGUGGACUAGCCCACAACCAAUCGCACUUGUUAGAAAUGAACAGUGCACCGGUGACAAUUUUUCUGUACAUGAAGCUGUCGAAUAUGUAAGCAAGGCAAAGUACAUGAUAAUGUUUUUGGGUGACUUCGGUGUGUGAUCAGUUUUCUCUCUUCUACAAUGCUAGAACCUUAUGCUAAACAUAUACUGUACUGUGCCAGUGUUCUGGCCAAUGGUUCCUUUGAGAGGUGUUUUUACGUAAUACUGAAAGUUGGCUCGUUUUCGCCUUGCCUGUUUUUUCUUCUUCUUUUUUUUUAACUUGCGGUGUUGGAAGUCAGUCUUUUGUGAGGGGCAGUUGAUUUCAACUUUUUAAUUAACCAAAGAAUGCCAUGUGCUGAAGGUGCCACCAAAGUACUGCGCGAUUAAUGCAUGCUUGUCACCAUAAGUGACAAGUGAUAGUGUGGCAUUUCGCAUCCCACAUUUUUACCCACCUUUUGGUUGCAUACACAGAGAAGUGCAUUAGAAGCCCUCGGUCUCCAAAGAUAUUUUUAGCCUCUUACAGCAUUCUUUUGGUGUUGUGUUUAAAGUUCAACGUUUUUUAAUGUUUUGCUUCAUUCACUGUAUCAGUCUUUCCCCAUGUUUAGCUUUAGGACAUUCAUUCCAACUGCACUAACAAAAAAGAAAAGAAAACCUGGGCUAUUCAGGAAACUAAUAGACGCUUGUGUUAGUGGAAACUGCUCUAUUUAUUAACUGCCACUUCAGGAAAAUGUGUGCCCACUUUGCAUUUGCUGGUUAAAAACAAUUGUAUUACUCUUCUAUUUUUUGGCCACUUUAUUAUAACAGCUGCUGUAGAAACUGCCACUUGGAGAGAACAAAAUACUGCCAUGCCAUUUGUUGGUGCAGAAGUUUGGUACUGGAGACUGAAACCUAAAAGUCGGGUCUUUAUAAAUGUACCCUAUGGCAUUGCUGUGGAAUGCUGCAGUUCCUUAUUCCUGCUUUUCAGUGCGAUGCUGAUUGUGCAUUCAUCAGCAGCAAUGUUGUUAUUGUUCCUCUUUUUUUUUUUUUACAUCUGAUUGCUUUAAUGAACCGCAUGAUAACCACAGUGCACUUCACAGGUUACUUUGUCCUUACUUGUGCACAUACAUAGAAUGCAUACACAGUUUUCUUUGUAUCUGCCUCAGGGUCGACAAGCUUUACAUGUACCAACAGAAAAUUUAAUAAGGUAUGAUAUAACCUCGUUUGCAUAUGUGUGUGGUCGCCUGUCUUUUUUCUUUCUUUUUUUUAUCUGUUGCAAUGACAGUAUUCUUUUUACAGCUUCUCUUCAAUUUGUUAUUAUGGCUGCUACCAGUUGCAACGUGUGAGGAAUGGCUGGAGCAUGCUUUGGAGUAAGCUAAUAGCACAAGCUAGCGAUUGCAUGCACAACGGAGAUUAGAGAAAGUAGAGUGUUCUGUCAUUCUAAAGACGCAGCCAUCUCCUCAAGUGAUGGAUCACCGUGCACUACAAAGAAACAGAUUCUGCCCUUGUGUUAGUUACACGAAAUUGUCAUUACUUUAGCAGAUAAUUGCAGUAUGUGGGCAGAGAGAAAAAAGUGAGAGGAGACAGUAAUGCUUGUAUUUUCAAGCCCUAAGCCUCUCCUCUGAACUUCCCUGGCUGGAGACAGCCGUACUGGAAUGUGACUGAAGCGGUCACUGCGAUUCAGUACCAGGCCUCAGCUUUAGCUGACAUGAAAUUACUUAGAAUUUUAAAUCAGUAAAUGCACCAUGUGCACGUGACUCUCUCAAGCACAUCAAAGAUGCAACAUUUCUGGGAAAGAGAAUAGUAGGCUUGUGCGAAUAUUCGAGCACUUCGAAUAUUCGAACGAAUAAUACAGUAUUCGAAUUCGCUUCGAUUCAAAUUUAAAAUAUUGAAAAUUUCGAAGUAUUCGAAAUGAACGAAUAGGUGUAUAGGUCCACUUAUAAUGAAUAGGUCUGCUUAUAACCACCCUGUAAAGGUGGUUUCACUGCGGUGGAGGGGUGCUGUACAGUGAUUACACGUUUCCAGGGAAAACCCGCACUGCCGCGAAGCCCCACUUCGAGGUUAAAUGAACAUAUUACCCUUACAUCGAUUCAUCAUUUUUUAAGUUUAAAAACUUGUUAUACCGGCUUUUAUGCUCCAGGUAUAGUAAAUUUUAAAACGUAACAUAUUUUACAGGUUAUCAUUUGCAUUCUACCGAAAACAAAAUCCUGCUACUAUUCAAAGUUGCUUCCACUUCCUUUGAACCAAAAAGAAUGACAUUUGCACAUGCCUUGUUACAAUUUAAAAAAAAACGUUGUGCAAGUUUGUUGAGUCAUGACAAAUAUGUUUAUUUUUCUUUAUAAUAUGUCAUAUAUACUAUUCAAAUUCGAUUCGAAAUUAUUCGACCAAAAUCACUAUUCGCUUCGAACCUAAAAUUUACUAUUCGCACAAGCCUAGAGAAUAGUGGUGCCAUCUCUCUCAUAAGGAAAAAGGCGCCAUUUUUUGUCAGUUGGCUGUCUGUGCAACAGGCAAAUAAUAACACACGUGAUACAACAAAUGCAGCAUGCAGCAAUGUUUGGCUUUUCUUAAUCAUCCUCGAGGCACAGGAGCUGAGAGGUGUUUCAGCAAAGCAACUCUUCCUUGAGGUAAUCACUGGAAGGUGUUACUGAGAUGCAUCGCCUGCGUCCAAUUGCACUACUACAGUUAAAGGGGCCCUGCUACACUUUUUCAGCAUGGUCAGAAUACGGUGCCGAUCGGUAGUCAAGGCUCCUGAGAACGUGUGAGCAUGCGGCCUGGAACUGACAUAUAAUUCCCAAGGUCAGCUAGAAAUUGCUCACUCUUCUCUCAACAAAUGAUGCCAUAAACCCACCUGACUGCGCCAUAAACCUGAAGUCUACGGUGAUUAGCUGAUUUGAGCAUCGUGAGCUGCAUAGUUACCACAGCCACCGCGGGAUGCCAGGACGUGCCCGCACACUCGCUCGCAGUCGCACAGAAAGUAAGCCACGUGUUCAAAAAAAGAAGAAAAGUGCUCAAGGUCAUGACGCGCGCUGAUGAACAGACGUAGCUUCUUGCCCCCCUGUCAUCCCCGCACCCCCUGCGUAGCUUUCAGCGUGCUCGCUGGUACGAAAGGAGAGAGAAAGCGUUUAAAGAGUGUAACAGAUCCGUGUAACUGCACUCAUACUUGACGGAUUCUAAAAAUUUUUUGUGGCAGUUUAUUCGUGAGGCAAUAAACUCCUCUAGUGAAGCCACUUGACGAUUACUUGGAAAAGUGUUGCAGAGCCCCUUUAAGAGAGCCACUUGGCAGAGUUCAUAAAGUGCUUCGUAGUACGUAGGGUGGGCGAAUGCAUUUUUGGAGCGACAGAACUCUCUCCACUUUCGUUCGCGCUGAUGGCACUGCCACUUUUUCACACAAGCACGCUUCCUCUAUGCCUCAUGCAUUGCACUGCAAACUCAUUGCAGCAGCAGCGGUGUAUAUUACGUUUUGAGUGGAUAUUCAAUUGGGCCAGUGCUGUACUGUGCUCUGCAUGAAAUAACUGAUGCAAAUACAUGCAAGUUUAUGCCCAUGUUACGCACAUAAAUGUAUAGGGCACUUCUUUGCUGGCUAUGUUGCAAUUAAAUUUGUGCGUGUUGUCACUGUCGCAGUCAGGACCACUGCAGGUUGUAUGUGCUUGUGCACAUGUUUAUGGAGCCAUUACUAGCAGUUAUUUUUCUUUUUCUUUUUUUUUUUUUUUUUUUUUGCCAUGUUGCUUCACAGAAACAGAAAAGGCACCCAAUUUUUUUUUUUCAUGGCCUUCUUUCUAACACACUCCCUGUUCUUAAUUUCUAUUUGUGCAUCAGUGCCACAAUCUAUGCUCAUGUUUUAAUACUGGCCAUGCAGUGCACAAAAGUGUUCUUUCUUUCUUGCUACUAGUGCUGCGUUUAUGUGUACUACAUGUGUGUACAAAUGUGUGUGUGUGUACCUGUUCUUGUGCACAUGUCACUUUACAGCUAUUGCAUAUUUUUUUUUCUUCAUACUAUCCCUUCCAUUCUUGUGAAAUUGGCAGAUGUUAGCAAAGGCUUGUUUCUUUAAUGCCUUUGCUUUAUGUUACUUUGAUAGCAAGUAGCUACUAACUGAUAUGCAAUGUUUCAUGUUUUGCUGUUGUACGCUAAUAUGCAUAGAGAAGAAAAUGAGUGCAGUUACUCGAUGCUAUAAAUUACAGAUCAUAGUGGUUUCAAUACCUAGAGCAGUGUAGUACUGCUUGAUAGAAAUACCUUCUCUUUUUUUUAUAAAUUUUCAGUGUCAUUGUCACUCUUAACAGCACUUCUCACAAAAGUGUAUUUUUAGAAACAAGUGUCCCAGAAUACUUUCGUUUGUCAUUUUUUCUGGAACUGUGUCACAAUUUUUAUGCUCUUGUGAGGCACUGUUUUUGCCUUAGCACUUCAGAACUGUGCCUGCAAACCAAAAGAAAACGGAGGCUUUUGGAGAAUUUUCUUUUCCUGCUGAUACAACACUCUGAAGGCAAACAGGGUCUGCCGGUGAGCAUUUGCUGUGGGAGGGAUAAAUACAUAUCACAAUUUUGGUGCAAUUUUAGCACUCUGUGCUGAGUUGUUCUUUAUUGCAUAAAACACUGGCCGUGUCAGACAGUACUCACCUUUGGGAUCCUACUAUGUGCUUUGCAAUGGAAUAAUUACUGUAAUGUAAAAAAGAGGUUCCACAACUUUGGUAUCCUGCAGCUGUAAAGGUUUGUACAAUCAGCCAUUCAUACUAUAUUUUCGAAUGGUAAUGAGUUCGCUAGUUCCAUUCUCUCCUAAAAUGACUUUUCGGUGUGUUGAUGUGUUUACAUCAUUCCCAGGCAUUAAAAAAAUUAUUUCUCAUUCCUGUUCAUCUGAUCAAAGCCGUGUGUAGUAAGUUGGCAGGUUAGGUACUAACAUGCACAUCAAGUCCGUGACUCCUAAAGCUGCACAUUUGCUUCUUUUUCUUCUUUGUAAAUAAACCAAGUAAUAGUGUUAAAAGCUGAGCUUAUAGGUAUGCAUGACCUUGAGAAGCUAACAGAUAACACUUGAGAGCAGUGGCGAUGACUAAAGCGAGGUCAACGGAAGUUCUUCAUCCUGCCAUCUGCAUUUUAUUGCGUCAGGAAGCCAGACUCUGUUCCACCCAGACUGACGCAAAAUGUGCUAAUCGUUAAGGCUUAAUAUCACCAUGGCCUUGUAGAAACCAAUGUGCACUGCACGGAACUGCGCACAAAACCAUAGUUAGAUUUUGUUAGGAUUAAAGGCUCACAGUGAAGUUUAAAAUAAGCGAUACAACUCGAAACUUGAAGUCCCGAGUUUCCAUGUAGAAACUCGUCCAAGGCACCACACAGGCAGUCCCUUUUGCUAAGCUUAUUAAUAUUUUUGUAUAUGCAGUCAGACAACUCUUCUGGUCACAUCUAUGUCUUUUGAGGAUUUUAAGCUGGGAAAUAUUUUUAUAUUCUCAUAAACUCCAGCACACAUUAUCAUACAAGGAGCAUUCGUCCCUUGGUAUAAGGUGGCACAGUUUGAAGCUAUCCAAGCUUUUGAUGUCUGUAUGCUAUAGUGUCUAUGAUGGCAGCAAUAUUGCAGAGACUGUGUUUAUAAUUAUACACACACUGUGUUCCUGCUUUAUGGCUUUGGCACGCAUUUUUGCUGUUAUGUGAACAUAGUUUAUUUGUGCUACAUAAGGUCUAACAACUAACACAUCUAGCGACUCCAUGCUGCUGAAUGCUAAUUUUUGUUCUUAGUACCAAGAAAAUGACAGUGGUUGCAGCUAAAACUGGUUGGUAUGCAUUUGUUUUUUAGCAGUUACAUGUAUAAGGUCUUCAGUCUUCUUGUGGUGACCAACUUUGUUUAAAUUGACUUUUCUUUUUCAAUUUCGCCAAGCUGCAGCGUACUGUCCAUGUCAGCAGAAAGCAACUUGGGCUGCUGUUUGUGUGCACUGAGACGUCAAUACAAGGGAAGGGAAUUAUACAAAGGUCUUUGUCUAUAGUUGAUAUGUCGUGUAUUGGAGACUGAAUGUCAAUAAAGAAUUUUCCAAGUUAACAGCAUGGAUGAAAA